AUGGUCGAAACUCGAGGCUCCCGACCAUCCUUUGAUGGUUCUGUGGAGUUACCCUCUUUUGGUCCUGAUGAUGGCGACCUCGAUCCUUUUCAAUUGAUUGCAGACCAGAAAUUCUCGCAUCCUUUAGAAGACGACGAGGAACAUGGCUCGCCUCCCGCGGCGAAAAAGCGUCGGACCGACUCGAACCCUGGCGAUAUCUCCUUCCAUGAUUCUUUCUCCGAUCACCAGCAUGGAGCCGGUCAUAAAAUCGAAGAGGAACUUGCGACGGCGCUUGGAGAAGGGAUUGUAGACACUUUGGAGCCGACGGAUCACACGCAGAUUGAUCACAAUCAGCCCGACGCCACGCGGGAACAGGACCCCAAUCUCAACCCUGACGUCGCGUCCAUCAUCUCUGAAAUAAUGGACCAUACUGAUCGCCAGGAGCAUACUGUUGCCAUGGGUCCUCAGGAAGUCCCCCCAUCGGGUGAUUUUCCAGGUGCCAAAGGCUACGCGUUUCUCAAGGCCAACUCUCACUUGAAGAUUCAAAGCUUACCCAUUUUAGACAACCUUUCGACCCAAAUCCUUUCGUUUCUAUCCAAGAACAGCUAUCAAGACUUGACGGCCAUGAUUUCGGAGCCAGACUCAGAGAAUGGCCAAGCCUAUGCAACUAUGCGCUCCCUCUUUGACCACACUAAAAGGGUUUACUCUGUCAAACACUCGUUUCUUCAGUUAUCCGAUCUCGAAAUCACGGAUUCCUCUCAGGUCGAUGUCAUUCGCAAGGCCAACCUGGCCUCUUUCGUGUCCAGUAUCUUUGGUUCCCAAGAAAUCGGGUUCGCUGAGCUGAAUGAACACUUCCUGAGUGUGUUCAUGUCCGAUGGUGGGAGGUUACUAAAGGUUCAAGCUGCUUUAUACCUCGAACUCAAGACCCAGGCCUUCAUCGCCGCGAUGAAUAACAAAUCGCGUACCCGGACAAAUCUCUUGUAUGAGCUGUUCCCCGACGAUAUGGAGCGGCGAUUGCUGGAACGGCGCCCAGGCAGCAAGCAGUUGGCCCCUAGCGAAACAGAUUUUGUCAACCGACUUGCUUCUCGCCGUGACCACCUUCUCCAUGAUAUCAACAACGAGGAAGCAAUGAAGAGUCUCCCAGACAAAUACCAGUGGGAAGAUUUCCUGCGCGAUCUGAGUUCUUUCAUCUCGAAGAACUUUGAUACCCUUAAUACUCAGCCGGGCAAGAAACCGGUUAAGGGACGACAGCCAUCGAGCUCAAAUGGUGAUGCGCAAGAAUCUCCGAGUACCACUCAUCAGGGCCAGUUCGCGGUCACUCAGCCUGUGGAGGUACCGGUUGACCGGAACAUGCACGGUGAUCUCGUGGCUCGUGCCGCUCGUGCCGCGCAAAUUGCUCUGCAGGGUCAUGGUCUUCGGCGCUCACAACAACAGUCUCAGCUGCAACAUCAACACCAACAGCAGCAACCUCAAUCUCAAGCCAGUCCAUCUCCAUCUCAUCAGCCUAUACCGGUGCAACAGCAGCCACAACAUACCCCUCAACCCGAUAAUCAAUAUCUUCAUGGUUACACUGCUGCUCAGCAACCUGGACAGCAUGCCCAGCAACAGUACCACAGCCCUACACCUCCUGGUGGAUAUCAACAACCGCCUGGUAGUUUGACAUUUCAGCAAAGUCCCCUGCAAACCAAUUUCCAGCAGUACACCCCCAAUGCGGCCCAGACUAUGCAAGCGCGAGCCAAUGGAAUGUCUGGAAACCAUGGCUAUAUGCCAGGAAUACCGCAUUACACACAGUCACAACCUACUCAGGUGCUUUAUGAGCGUGCUCGAAUGGCCGCCUCUGCGAAGUCUUCCCCAACAAGCCGCAAGUCUGGUCUUCCUAGUCAGCGCCGGCCCUGGACCACUGAUGAAGAGAGUGCUCUCAUGGCCGGACUGGAUAGGGUUAAGGGCCCUCACUGGAGUCAGAUCCUUGCCAUGUUUGGCCCUGGUGGAACUAUUAGCGAGGCUUUGAAGGACCGAAACCAGGUUCAACUCAAGGACAAGGCUCGUAACUUGAAGCUUUUCUUCUUGAAGAGUGGGAUUGAAGUACCUUACUAUCUGAAGUUUGUCACUGGUGAGCUGAAAACCCGGGCCCCAGCACAAGCUGCCAAGCGAGAGGCUCGGGAGAGACAAAAGAAGCAGGGUGAGGAGGAUAAGGCCCAUGUUGAAGGAAUCAAGGGCAUGAUGGCCUUAGCUGGAGCCCAUGCCUCACCUGUCGGUGGUCACGAGAUGUCUGCAUCGCCGAGUCUGCCCCCAGAUGCCAACAGUCAAGCAGUCUUUGAUCAGACCGCUGAGCAGAAUCUGAUGCAAACACUGAGCCAGGAGGUGCACGGUAGUCAAUAUCAGCAUCCCCAACCGACGCAGGACCACAUUGAUCCACACAUGCAGCUGGGCCAGUGA